AUGAAGAUUAUUGAGUACAAGCUCAUUGCCGAGCAGCCACCUAAGCAAUCCGAAACCGACUCACGCGCUCUGACAAUCCUCUUCAAGAAGCAUAAAACUACUGUCCUUCUGAUGCUCCAACCCCACGAAUCACUCGACUUCGCCAAAGAAAGGGUUCUGGAUGCUUUGAAAUCACGAGAUAUCAAGGGCAUAAAUGGCGAUCUUCUUCCUGAGGAUUCCUGCGACAUUGAGUUCGGUGAGCCUAUCGACCGAGCGGACCUCGAGAAAGGCUGGAAGCGCCUCGAGGCAGAUGUGAAGUCACAGAAUGAGUCAGUGACUAUAAUGGAGUUGGGGCUUCAAAAUGGGCAUUCAAUUGCCUUCCGCUUCCACAAAUCCAGUGAGGAUCCAGGGUGGGAUGUCGUCAUGCCAACCUAUGAGGACGAUCAAGCAUGA